AUGACAAGAAAUUAUAGUGAUAAUAAUAAUGAUAAUGCUGAUAAUGACAAUGCUGACAAUAACAAUGCUGACAAUGACAAUGACAAUGACAAUGACAAUUUGGACAAUACAGAUUGGACUGUGCUGAUAUACCGGUCGGUACCGGUUAUCAACAAUGCCUGCGCUACCCAGGCUAUACUGAGUGUUCUGAUGAAUAUUAGUAGCGGAGGGGUCAACCUAGGACCAACACUUCAGGAUUUUAAAGAGUUCUGUUCCUCCUUUGAUGCUGGGAUGAAAGGGUUGACUCUCUCUAAUUCAGAAUCUAUCCGCACUGUUCACAAUUCCUUCUCCAGACAGACCCUGUUUGAGUUUGAUUCUAAGAAACCGGAUAAAGAUGAUGAUGAGAUAUUUCACUUUGUCAGUUAUGUACCUAUUGAUGGACGAAUCUAUGAGCUUGAUGGACUGAAGGAAGGACCAGUGGACCAUGGACCUGCAGGAGAGAAUUGGACUGACACUGUAAGACCAAUAAUUGAGCAAAGGAUGCAGCGGUAUAAGGAGGGAGAGAUUCAUUUUAACUUGAUGGGUGUCGUGGAGGACAAAAUACAGAAAUAUACCAGGCUUCUUGAGGCUGGAGGUCCUGAAGUAUCGAGGCUGGAGAUGAUGUUGUCUGACGAGGAAGCCCGUAGAUCAAGGUCUCUAGCUAGCAGGGGUGAAUUGCUACCGAUCUACGAAAAGGCUAAAGAGAAAACAGCUGCCCUUGAUCAGAUGAAGAAACAGAAAAAAGCUGCUAAUUAA